UGGGGGAACACUACACACCUUAUCUUUCAAUCGGCCAUUUUAAUUUUUCUGCGAAGCUCGUCCUCACUGUCAGUGUUGAACCCUCCUCUCCUCCCACGCAUGCAUUCGGCAGAACCCUUCGAGUAAAAUGGAGAUCACGAGCAGUAUGAUGUGGUUUUUCAAAGAUAAAGGGUUUGAUGACAACAGUGUGCAAGGAAUUUUCCGACGGUGUAGGCGCCUUGAGGAUGUGCAUCAGGAAAGAGCCAGUGAGAAUUGGGAGUAUUUGAGAAGCAUUGGCAUUGAAGAAAGAAAGUUGCCCUCAAUUGUUUCAAAAUGCCCCAAAAUUCUUGCGCUGGAUCUUUAUGACAAGAUUAUGCCCACGGUUGAAUGUCUCAGGACCCUGGGAACAAAACCACGUGAGGUUGCUACUGCCAUAGCCAAGUUCCCUCACAUACUCUCAAACAGUGUGGAAGAGAAGCUUUGUCCCCUUUUGGCCUUCUUUCAGGCUUUGGGUAUUCCUGAAAAGCAUAUUGGCAAAAUGAUACUGCUCAAUCCUAGGCUUAUAAGUUACAGCAUUGAAACAAAAUUGACUGAAAUUGUGAACUUUCUUGCUAGCCUUGGUCUCAAUAAAGAUGGAAUGAUUGGAAAAGUUAUAGUCAAGGACCCCUAUAUUAUGGGUUAUAGUGUUGAGAAAAGACUCCGCCCUACUUCACAGUUCCUCAAAUCAAUAGGUCUGAGUGAGCAGGAUCUUCAAGCAGUGGCUGUGAAGUUCCCAGCAAUCUUGAGUAGAGAUGUGAACAAGCUUUUGGUACCCAAUUAUGCGUAUCUAAAUAGACGAGGAUUUCAAGAAAGACAGGUAGUUGCUUUGGUGGUUGGUUUUCCUCCUAUAUUGAUCAAGAGCAUUCAGAAUUCAUUAGAACCAAGGUUCAAAUUUUUAGUGGAUGUGAUGGGAAGACAAGUUGAUGAAGUUGUUGAUUAUCCUUGUUUCUUUCACCAUGGCCUCAAGAGAAGAAUAGAGCCGCGGUACAAACUUCUAAAGGAGAAGAAUUUAAAUUGUAGCUUGAGUGAAAUGUUGGAUUGCAACAAGAAGAAGUUCUUCAUGAAGUUUGGUUUGUUAGAAGGACAAGCCUUGAGUAACUAGGUCUAAUCCCUAUUUUAUUGAUUUUCAUAAUUAGUUAAUAGUUUAUUGGUAUUUGUUUCUGAUGUGGUGUCCUGUAACUUCCACAGAUUUUUGUGAUUCCAUAUAAGCUUGUUCUUUUGUUCAAAUUCAUAAUCUCUUCAUACAUUAUAUCUAAGAUGAUGGGUUAUGUUUUAGAUCUAUGAUUGAGAUAUGUUUGCCUGAAAUGGGUACUGAGGUUCAUCUGCCAUCAUAUGCAUCUGAGUCACUACAUGAAACAGCUUUUGUCAUAGCUGCAAGGGAGCAUGGUUUUCAGUUUUCCACGAGGACACAGACAGGCAUCAUUGAAUUGCUUCUCAUUAAUUGGAUUAUGAAAGUGGAAAAAAAGGUUUACAGGUUGGCUAGCUCCUUUUACCACAUUUUUGCUGUAGUUAUUACUUAUCUGCCAUAUUUUGUUACCAAGGUUGGCCUAGCUGCCAUGUUUUACUCUUUGGUGGAUAAAAUUGUCUCCUCAGAUGUGAGAUUAUAUAAUUUUUAUUUA